AUGUCAUCAGCCUUGGUCAAUAAGACUACUCACAAGGUUCGCAAAGACCACACCAAAUGGGAUUGUGACACAUGCGACGAAAUCAACAUCAUGAAAGACGAGAUCUGCGUCAAAUGCAAUGAAUCCCGACUGGGCCAGUCCCGGGCUCUCACGUACACCAAGGGAUGCGAUUCUUGGUUCUUGGUUCUUGAGAUGGAGAAACCUGAUGUCCUUAUGGCGGACAUGGGCUCAUAA